AUACACUAUAACGGAUAACGCAUCAUCUCACUGAACUUGAACGAAGAUAGUUGAGUGUGGCUUGGUCGUUCAUUUCCUUCGACUUAAAUGGCUACGCUUAACUUUGGCUUAGCCACAACAAGUGUGAAUGGUGGUUAUAGAGCUAGAAGCAAAUUGAGCCGACGCAAACCCACAAUUGUGUGCAUUGGAUGGGACCCCGAAGGUGUGUUGGGCCCACCCAAAAGCGGCCACCUCGCUAGGCUUGAGUUUCGUAGACGGCUCGAAAAAGAUGCGGAUGCCCGCGAAGCCUUUGAACGCCAAGUCCGUGAAGAAAAAGAGCGCCGUCGAGCCCUUCGCCAAUCUCGUGAUGUUCCUGAUACUCCAGAAGGACUCAUAGAAUACUUCCUUGACACUGAAGCUCAAGAGAUUGAAUAUGAGAUUGCAAGAAUGAGACCACAGUUAAAUAAGGAAUUCUUUUCGCAAUUAAAAUCCGAGUUAGGACAGCUUCGGUUUGCUGUUAACAAAACACAGGCCAUGGAGGAUAGACUCAUUGAGCUGGAGGCUCUAGAGAGAGCCAUACAAGAAGGAACAGAAGCCUAUGAUAAGAUGCAAACUGAGCUCAUUAAAGCCAAGACAAGUCUAGCCAAAAUCUUGACAUCAAAGGAUGUCAAAGCAACUUUGCUGGAGAUGGUUGAAAGCAACGAGAUUAAUCGAUCUUUGUUGACCCUUCUCGAUGAAAACAUAGCAACUGCGCACGGGGCCAACCAGAAGCAAGCUGCGGAAUACAUGGAGAAGCUCCGUGGUGCUGUUCUCAAAUACAUAACAGUUUAGCUCAUAUAGUAUGAUUUAUUUCUUACUUUGUUAUUUACAUUUUUGAAAAUCUUUGCUGUUGAUAUUUGUAUCAAAUAAGCUAUAAGCUAUAUACAGUACUAUAGAACUGAGAUGUCACAGGCCUGUAGGAGAUUUUUUUCACUGUGAUAUCAUAGCAAAUGAGUUGUAAAUUUUGAAAUGUGAAUGAUGUAUUGAUCUGUCUUUAGUUGGAAAGCUGGUAAAAGUUGUUUGUAAAAUCA